AUGGAAGACGGCGUUUUCAGGAAUUAUCUUUAUCACGUCGCCUCCACCGGUGGCCCUGUCAGGCAUAAUCGAGAUACUAUACGAAUGACUAGCCGACGUGAUGGCACUCGCACCUGGGCUAAGGCUGUGAACCCUCCAGAGAAAUCACCGGUCAUAUUUAUUCACGGUUUGCUCUGCUCAAGCUUGAACUGGGUCAAGCAGCACAAGCAGCUGCUGGACAACAUAUACAUGAUAAAGUAUGAGGGUAGGGGCAAACAAUACUUCAUGAAUGUUCGCUUCCUUAAUACCCGCGUGCACGGCGGUCGUAGUAGUAAUCAGUCAGGAUUAGAGAGGGGUACAUUUCUGCAAGACAGAGGAUCUUCACUCCAUAUGCACCAAUUUAAGUUGUCGUCCCUUGGCGGCUUUACCGCACCCGACGCCUCGUCUCGCUUCGUUACAUCCCCGUUCCCUUUGAGUGGACAUCAUGUGCAAUCCCCUGGUGCUCUAUAUUACAAGAAAUUCUCAAACUAUACACUGUUACCGCCCUUCCUCUAA